UCACUCACAUCCAGAGGGGAAGAAAAGCGCCACAAGACGCUGCAUUCUUUAUAAACAAACAUCUUACUCUUGGAAAUAUCCUACAGCGGGAAACAUCUCAAUAUGUGCAGAGGACUGGACUCACUGCCUACCACCUGCCUGGAGAGGGCAAAGGAGCUGAAAGCUUUGUUUGGAAGUUUGCUACACAAGUCAGAGCACAGCAUCACCAGCCAGUCAAAGAAAAAUGACAAACUGAGCAGGUUAAAUGAGAAUGAGCCUUUAAAAUGGAAGGAGUCCUUCGACAAGCUGCUGUGCAGUCAAAAUGGACUGUGCCUGUUCAGAGCAUUUCUAGUCUCAGAGUUCAGUGAAGAAAACAUCGCUUUCUACCUGGCAUGUGAGGACUAUCAGGCGUCAAAACCCUCCAAACAAGCAGCAAAAGCCAAGAAAAUUUAUGACGAGUUCAUCGCUACUGAUGCACCACGAGAGGUAAAUCUGGACCAUCUAACCAAAGCCAUCACAAAGGAGAACGUUGGGCACCCUGGACAGUCCUGUUUCGACUUGGCCCAGGCCAAAAUCUACACCCUGAUGGAGAAGGACUGCUACCCUCGCUUCUUAAAGUCCUCCACAUACCUUGAAGUGAGCAGAAAAGCCAAAACAGGCUAAAAAAAAAAAAAAGGAUGCAGCUGUUUUCAAAGGGACAUAAGCUUUCUGACGCACAACAGAGACUGAGAAAGUUCUCCUGGAACAGCAACUUCAGUCUAGGGACUUAUAGUGCCAAGUUGUGGAGGUAUUUAGGAGAUCUGAAGUUGCAAAGAGGUAGAGGCCCAAGCCCGAAGAAAUCGGAGACACCAAGCUGUGAGAAAGGACUGAAAAAGACUGAGCCGCAGGCAGUGUCUACCUUUCAAAGACACAUCUGUACUGGACGACCACGGCUGCAUGAAGGAGAGCAGCCACAGUGGCAGAAAAAUGCAGAGAUUAAAAAAUUAGUCAAUUUCACACAACAAAACUACCACUGGGACAGAUUCCCUUGCACUAAUGAUUAUUUAUUCAUUAUUUAUUUAAGUUAAUUGUAAAACAUGUAAAUGUUUUUUUUUUUUUUUUUUUAUCAGAAGUACUGUAUGUGAAAAUAAGUGCAAUGAAUUAAAGAUGAUAAAUUUU